AAGUCUUCAGCGGAACCGAGUUCUUCCUCGCCUUUAGAUUCAAGUCGGCAUGUAAACAGUGAUGCACACCAUCAACAUGUCCAUUGCAGAAAGGUCCUUUGUAGCCAGUCAUUUAAAAUAAUUCAAAAAACGAAAGUCAGGCGUGGCGAUAUUUAGAGCAACAGCAGCCAUGAGACUGUACCAGGCUCUCCGUAAUGUCGGGAGCUUCAGGACCUCUUUCGACUUUGGUGCACGGGAAGUAGCUCACUGGUUCCCGGGACACAUGGCUAAAGGACUGAAGCAGAUGAGAGCCAACCUCAAGAGUGUGGACUGCAUCAUAGAAAUACAUGAUGCCAGAAUCCCCUUCUCUGGGAGAAACCCAGCGUUUCAGGAGACUCUAAAUGUCAAACCCCACUUGCUAAUUCUCAACAAGAUGGACCUUGCCGAUGUGUCCAAGGAGCAGAUAAUCCUGAAGAAGCUUAAAAGAAACGGGGUGAAAAAUGUUCUCUUCACAGACUGUUUAAAGCAGCGAGACGACAACGUCAAAAAGUUGGUGCCAAUGGUGGUUGACAUUAUUGAGAGCAAUCCACGUUUUAACAGAGAUGAGAAUACAAAUUAUUGUCUGAUGGUUAUUGGAGUCCCCAACGUGGGGAAGUCAUCUCUUAUUAACUCACUGAGAAGAACAUACUUGAAAAAAGGUCGUGCAUCUCGAGUAGGUGGGGAGCCAGGUAUAACUAGAGCGGUCCUGACUAGAAUUCAGGUGUGUGAGCGACCCAUAGUACACCUGUUGGACACACCAGGAGUCCUGCCUCCUAAGAUUGAGAGUGUUGAAACCGGCAUGAAGCUGGCUUUAUGUGGAACUAUUCUGGACCAUUUAGUGGGUGAAGAGAUCAUUGCUGACUACUUACUCUAUUCUCUAAACAGGCUCGGGGAGUUCAGUUAUGUGGAGAAAUACGGUCUCCAGGAGCCAAGCGAUGACAUCCAGUAUGUCCUCAAACGCAUUGCUGUGAAACUCGGAAAGACGCAACGGGUCAAAGCCAUUACUGGAGUUGGGGAUAUCACCAUCAAGGUCCCAAACUGCUCAGCAGCAGCUUACGAUUUAAUCAGAGCCUUCAGGAAAGGAGAGCUGGGACAGGUGAUGCUCGACUGACCUGAGACAUUGGAAUGAAGACAGAGACUGUUUCUGGUUUCAUAGGUUUUCCCUCAGUCUGGAAGGAUUUAUAUUUUACCAAAAAGUGUCGUCAAGGUCCGUCUCUGACCUCAUGCCUUUGACCUUUAGGGGACAUGAUGCAGUCUGUUCUGUUUAUAGAUGAUGUAUCAAAGCACUGUGUCCUUUGCAAAUAAAAUAAUUUAUCUUAAUUCAGGUACAUUUCUUCUUUUAUAAGAUAUGAAGCAGAUAUCUGAUCUGACAAGGUGUAAACAUUAUAUUUAUUAGCACAAAGACAGUAAUAACAAACUCUCAGCCUAUGUACUUAAGUGUUGUAAUAAAGUUCAUUUAUAUGGAACAGUCUGUUGCUCCUGAGUGUCUCCUGUAGGUAAAAAAAAAUCUUCUUGGAUGAAGGACGGAUCAUGAGAGAAAUUAAUAACAGUGAGGGCAGCAGUUUUAUUUUUCUCCCAGCCAUGCAGUGUGUGUGUACACAAAUCUGAGAAAUUCAUUAGCUAAGUUCCAGUUGUUAUAAAAGGGUAUAAAUUGUUCAGAAAUUCAAGAUGAUUGAUGAAAACGCAGUUAAUACUCUAAUUUGCCUUGUCUUGUUGUAGAGAAUCCUCUUCAUGGCUCCAUUGAAAUGCAGUCUUGCAGGUGGCAGUUGUUUCGAUUUCAGGGGAAGAAAAACGUCAGUGUUCUACAUAAAUUCCAGAUAGUCCGAGCUUUAUGUUUAGACCCAGGUCUGUUCAUAAAUAUGAUUUAGUUGUACUAAACAGCGAUGCUGUGUUUUUUUAACUUUACAUUUCUUUUUUGCAUAUUAUGAAAACGUAUGUAUUUUAAAUUAAGAUUGACAGUACUAUUUAAUGUGGCAGCCCACAGUUUGAUAAUAGUCCUUAUCAAGGUGUUUCUAUUUUUGAUAAUCCUGAUAAAACAUUUUCACAAUAGGGUCUAGGAAUCAAGCUUUAGGGAAGGAAACUAGUUAUUAUGUUUAUUAAAGUUCUGUGUCAUUUUAUGUCCAACACUGACUUGACAAAGGUGCACUACUUUAAAGGUGAAAGGUGACAUUGAAUACUGGUUGGUUACAUUUGUUUGUUGGUAUAGCCUAGAUUAGAAGAUGACUAUAUGUGUACAAAAUGUACAGUAUUGAUGUUUUUGUGUCCAUCCACCACUGUGUUGCACCUCUGAUGCUCCCAGUGCAGCUUCCUGUCAUUCCUGCAUAUUAUAUUCAGAUCCAGGGUAGAAUCAGGAAUUCAUCCUAAAAAAAAA